GAAUAUGUAGGCUGCAGAGGUUUCAGAGAAGGAACUGCCUGUUAUUGGCAUCAGGGUGUAUUUUGAAAGUGGUGAGAGAGAUUUGUGGUUUUCAGGCUGGAGCGGAAUGAAGGCGGUGUUAUCUCGGCAGCAUCACUCUACAGGUACAUCUGAGAAAAAUAUCAAAACUGAAGUAUACUCGCCUCUGUGUGUCUGUCAGGGAUAGAACAGAAAAGAAGACAAGUCAGGGAAUCUGCCAUCAGUAGAAAAGACCAGAACUCAACGAGGUAAACCAGUAAUAAGCCCAAGAUGGAAAUUGACACGACGAGUGACUGUGAUUGAGGAUAAUAAUGAUGGAAGACAGAGUGAUCCAUCCCCAGCCCAAGCCAGAGCGUUCCUCCUCAACCCUCCCUGUUCUUCACCGACAGACUUCCUGAAGGAUACAUUGACCUUCACACAUCCAACUUGCCUGACAACCUGGCACAGUGUAAAUUGAAGAAAGGCUGCUCCUUUCCUCAUUGCCAAGGACUAGACAACGACUACAAAAAGGCCAAAGCUUUAGGGACCAGGCAUCAGCAGAAAUCCGUUCUGUCUCACUGCGGUAACAAAUGAGCCUUUAUUUGUGAAGUUAACAGUGCUAACAGCUGACUCCAUAAGGACCAAUUUCUAGUUCAAGGUAAUAGGGGGCCAAGAUGAAGAAGACUGCGUUCUUGGCUUGUUUGUUAGCGGAGCUAGCUCUGACAGCCUUUGUUCUGGCCUCGGAGGGGGGCGCUGCUCAUUGUUCUGCAUUGUGCCGGUGUGAGAUACGACCCUGGUUCUCUCCAAGCUCUAUUUAUACCGAGGCUCCCACGGUGGACUGUAAUGACUUAGGCCUAUCAACAAUGCCAGAGAGACUGCCCUCAGACACACAGGUGCUAUUGUUACAGACCAACAAUAUCAUCAGUGUUGAGAAACCUUUGGAUUACCUGGCUAAUAUCACAGAGAUAGAUUUAUCCCAGAAUAACAUAUCCUCUGUGAGCGAUGUCCAUCUGGGUCCUCUUCCCCAGCUGCUGUCACUGCACAUGGAGGAGAACUGGGUUCAGGCACUGUCAGACAACUGUCUCCCAUCCCUGCCCAACCUCCAGGAGUUCUACAUCAACCACAACCUGAUCUCAUCCAUCAGUCCUGGUGCUUUUAGAGGGCUAGGGAGGCUCCUGCGGCUCCAUCUCAACUCCAACCACCUCAGGGGCAUCAACAGGGUGUGGUUUCAGCCUCUGCCCCGCCUGGAGAUCCUGAUGAUUGGGGAGAACCCCAUCGCCCAAUUGUCAGACAUGAACUUCAAGCCCCUGGUCAACCUACGCAGCUUGGUUCUGGCCAGGAUGAAUCUCUCCGAAAUCCCAGAUGAAACUCUGGUUGGCCUCGACAACCUGGAGAGUGUUUCAUUUUUCGACAACCUGUUUGACAGAGUGCCACAAGCCGCUCUGAAGAAAGCCAAGAGCCUGAAGUUUCUGGAUCUCAACAAGAACCCCAUCGAGAGGAUUCAGAGAGGGGACUUUGUGGACAUGAUCCACCUCAAAGAGUUGGGCAUCAACAGCAUGCCUGUGCUGGUGUCCAUCGACAGCUUCGCCCUCAACAAUCUUCCAGAGCUGACCAAGAUCGAGGCCACCAACAACCCCAAGCUCUCCUACAUCCACCCCAAUGCCUUCCACAAGUUGCCGAGACUCGAGACACUGAUGCUGAACAGCAAUGCCCUCAGCGCUCUUCACCACAGCACCGUGGACUCCCUGCCCAACCUGCGUGAGGUUAGCAUGCACAGCAACCCCAUCCGCUGCGACUGCGUCAUCCGCUGGAUCAACAUGAACCAGACCGGCGUGCGCUUCAUGGAGCCAGAUUCCCUCUUCUGUGUGGAUCCGCCGGAGUACCAGGGCCAGCACGUCCGCAAGGUCCACUUCAGAGAGAUGACCGAGAUUUGCCUCCCGCUCAUCUCGCCCGGGAGCCUCCCAGAUCGUGUCACCGUUGGGAAAAGGAGCUCAGUGACGCUUCACUGCCGGGCAUUCGGAGAGCCGGAGCCAGAGAUAUACUGGGUCACCCCCUCCGGGGACAGAGUCCUGCCCAACAGUGUGUCUGAUAAGUACUACAUGCAUCCAGAGGGGACCUUUGACAUCUAUGACACUACCAUGCUUGAGGCAGGGCUGUACACCUGUGUCGCUCACAAUCUUGUUGGUGCAGACCUCAAGUCUGUGUUGUUGGUGGUAGAUGGAUACUUUCCACAUCCUUCUGAUAAUGGCAAUGCUUUACAUGUGGACGUUAGAUCAGUGCAGCCCAACUCUGUUUCAGUGUCUUGGGAUAAUACUCACGGUGGUCUUAUAUCCAAUAUAAAGUGGUUCACAAUGGCAAAUGCUAAGCAUCCCUCCAUGGCAUACACUGCUAGAGUACCAACCGAUGUGAAGGUGUAUCGUCUCACCCACCUGAACCCCUCCACCCAGUACCGGGUGUGUGUGGAAGUCACGAGCAUGCAGCUCAGACACAACAAGGACUGUGUCAAUGUCACCACAAAGGGACUGGCUUACACGGUGGAGAGCAGUGAGAAGUGGGACACAGUGGUGAUGGCUGCAUGUGCUGUGCUUUUCAUCGUGGUCGCUGUGGCUUGCUCCAUCAUAUACACAUCUCUGCAAAGCCAACACUUUUACAGGAAGUUGAUGGUGGACCAAACUGAGUCAAUGCUGGGUCCUAGCACCCGCCCCAGCUCCGCCUCUUCUCUUACAGAACUCUGUGUGGCUGGAGUCAAGGUGAAGGCAACCGUAAUAGACUUGCCAGACAACUCCAUGUAAUGAAAGAAACGGCCUUGGAGCAGGAAAAUGAAUGUUCUGGAUUUUAAACAAGGUGAAAGAGUGUUGGACAUGUGUGAUUCAUGUGCCCUCUUUUCAUGACAAUGACAGAGCAUUGGGUUCUGGAACUCCUGGAACUUGGAACACAUGAUGGAACCAUAAGCCGGCGCCCUCACGCAUAAAUACGUAACCAGCUAAUCCCAGACCCACAGACUCUUUUAUACAACACAAUUAUGUCAUUGCAGCAAAAACGUGCACAGACAGGUAUCUAGAUUGCGAUAUACGUGGCUACUGAUCGGUCAUUCAUGCAGUGCAACUGCAAAAAAGCACAGCACAAAGACUGUGUCUUCUCUCUCGGUUAUUGACUUGUGCUUUAUAACGCCUUGUGGAGAUGUCUUUGUGGUCCACAAUGAGGAAUAUUUUCUGUGCUGUUUAAAUAAACCUCAAGGGCCAUAAGUAAGAAAUAGCACUCGUAUACAGUUUAUAAUUGGCAAAACUUGUUAGACUAGUAGACAAUAACAGUGUAUAUGUAAACAAUUUUAUGAUCAAAUAAUUUUUUUUCAUUAAAAAGUACAUUGUAUUUUAAUUGAAAUGUAAUGCUUUCUCUUACUUACUUGAAAUUGUAAUUACGAAAGACCCAACUUCAAGGAUGACUUGCUUAGAACAAUCUGAAUACGAUAUUGGGAUGCUCUGAAAGGAACAAUCUAAGCUUCCUUUAUCAAUAACACUCAGCUAUCCAUGAAAUGCAAAAUGUUAUAAUUCAUAAAUAUGAAUCCCAUAAAUCUUUUCAUAUCACUGUCUAAACCAUGCAAAAGGAAAACAGUGUGAUGUAGACAAACACAAUUACUGGGACUGCCCUUGAAGGCGGACAUUUUAACAUUGUUACUAAAAUGCAAUCUCAGGCAGGACGACGUGUUUUGGCAAUGACUGGGGAGUAAGAGAGAGUGUGUGUGUAUAUAACUUACACACUGUACUUCAUAUAUGUGUGUGUGUGUGUGUGGCAUCAGAGAAACCCAAUGACUUUGAAUUGCAAUAUAUUCUCUUUCAUUUAAAACCCAAUAUGGAUUCCUAACAUAAACCUCAGAGAGGUGAUGAAUCGGCGUCACAUGCGGACUGAUGGGGGCAUUUAUCAGAGGGACUCCGCCAUAUAUCAACUGAGUUUCAGCACCUUGGACAGGGCUUUUAGAGUGGAGCCAUUUGUCACCGCCACGGGAGCUAAAAUAUGACCCAUUAGAGCACAGGUAGUGCAUAGGUCAGCGAGAACACAUGGAGGCUGCUAGCACCGGAGCGCGGUGCGGUGCGCCCCUUCCCUCCGUGACACUGGCGAGACACGGAUGCCAUUACAGGAACAGCUCAGCAACUCUUGGGCUCGUUUGUUAAGCACUUCACAUUAUCGCCACCCACCGAGAGGGGAAGGAGACAAAUGGAGCGCAAAACGAGGACAAAGUGUCUACUAGGGCUAGAAGUCAGUAUGAACAGGGACAGGAUAGACAAGGUGCAGGUUUGAUAUAUUGAAGGUGGAACAACAGUACUGCUGUAGGUAUUAGAGAUGUGUGUAUGUUUUUAUUUGACUGCACAGUGAGAUAAUUGCACAACAAGAUAACAACAAGAUAAGAAUGCUCAUUAAGGGAACUUGAGUCUUUAGUAUAUUCCCUGGUUCAUUAGGGUAGCUUACUUGAAAGGAGAGCUCUCAGAGAAGAACUGACAGGACCUCCACUGAGGUUUCAUCACACAUUUUUUACUCCUCCGUUCACCUAGUUUGAACUCCAGAUAACCCCACAUGAGAGCAAAUGAUAUGUCAACAUGCAAUCCACUCAGAGAAAAGGAAAUAAUAUCUCAUAAAAUGUUCACACAUGCAAAAAAGCUAUUUUACAAUAAAGGCCCGAUGGCAAUAUUCCCUUCUGUUGUUAUUGUUUGUGCACCACCUGGGGGCACGCAAUAUGGUGAGAAAAACAGGAAAGAAACUGUUACAUAUGUUAAGUAUUGCUCACAUAAACUCCCACCGUGCCAUAUUACAAGGAAUUGUAACUGUUAAAAUUCCUUGCCGUAAUAGCACUGAGAAACUGUUCCUAACAAUAAACAAGUUCAACCCC